GACCAAUCAUGUGAGAGAUUCCAGCCUUAGGCUAGCUUGAUCUAGAUCCCAGCCCAUGCAGUAAAGGGUCAUUCACUGGUGUCAGUGCACGUUUGCAGGUUGUGACAAGAAACUCGUCGGAAUUAAACAACAAUGAAGGUACUAGUGACAGGCGCUACAGGGCUGGUGGGCCAGGCUGUACAGCGGGUGGUGGCGGAAAACCCUGCCGAGGGCGAGGAGUGGAUCUUCGUGUCAAGCAAGGACGCAGAUCUGACGGAUGGAGAAGCAACAGAGGCGCUGUUCCAGAAGCACAAACCUACCCACGUGAUCCAUCUCGCGGCUAUGGUUGGUGGGCUCUUCCGCAACAUGAAGUACCCGGUUGACCUCCUGAGGAACAACUUGCACAUCAACGACAAUGUGCUGUACAACUCGUACAAGACCGGGGUUAAGAAGUGUGUCUCCUGCCUCUCUACCUGUAUCUUCCCGGACAAGACAACAUAUCCCAUCAACGAGACCAUGCUCCAUAAGGGACCACCACAUCCGUCAAACUUCGGAUUCUCGUACGCCAAAAGGAUGAUUGACAUUGAGAACAGGGCAUUCAACAAGCAGUACGGCUGCCAGUUUACCUCCGUUAUCCCCACCAACGUGUUCGGGCCGCACGAUAACUUCAACCUGCAGGACGGGCAUGUCAUGCCGGGACUCAUCAACAAGAUCUUCAUCGCCAAAAGAGAUGGAACCCCUUUCACUGUCUGGGGGACUGGAGCAGCUAGAAGACAAUUCAUCUACUCCUACGACCUUGCCAAGCUCAUUAUUUGGGUGAUGAGGGAGUAUGAAGAGAUCGAUCCCAUCAUUCUAUCAGUUCCUGAAGAGGCUGAGAUCUCCAUCAAAGAACUGGCUGAGAUGGUUAUCGAGGCUAUGGAGUUCAAGGGAGAAGUUCUCUACGAUACCACCAAAUCCGAUGGCCAGUUGAAGAAAACUGCUGACAACGCCAAGCUGAAGGGGUACCUUCCGGACUUCAAGUUUAGCAACAUGAAAGAUGCUGUGAAAGAGACUGUCCAGUGGUUUGUCAACAACCAGGACAUCGCCAGGAAGUAAAGCAGAACCCGUCUUCUACUGCUGUUCCAAGCAUCAAACAACACAAUUCUUUGUACACAACCAAGUGUUUCCUCAACACAACGUUUUGUUUCAAAACAGAAGGCCCCUGACUUGUUAACAGCUCUUGUCUUGACCAUACGCUGUUCGGUUGACAUAACAAUUUCCAUACGUGUUGUUUUGAUGUAUCUGGCCAGGCUCAAUAUGUGAACAUGCUUGUAUCUACAUGUACUUGAAUUCACUGUAGUGAUCUACAUAUAAUCAUUUAUCAAUUGGUGUUCAAUUAUCUAUUUGAUGAACAUACUUCUAUGAUAUCUAAAGAAAAUCGGAUUUUAUACAUUAGUCAUUAGAUUGAGAACAGUCCAUUGCAGUAUCCACCCGUUUGGAAACCAGUGUUGUGUAUAAGGUUGUAUAUCAACCAUACUAUGCAUGUAGUAUAUGAUUCUUGCCCUUUGGGUAAAAUCUCAUUGUAAUUGACUUCACACUGAAGAAUUGUUAGGAUCCUUUCUCAUAUCAACAUGGAAAAUUAGAAUAACUGAAUGAUUUUGUGGCGGAAAAGUAGAGGUGCAAUCUAUGAACGGGUAUUACGUUGAUUUAUGUGAUAUCAUUAAAGGCGUUGAACGUAUUC